CCAAGGCCUGUCCUAUUCCUUUCCCCUUCCCAACGAUGCUGCCCCCCUCUGUGCUUCUCCUCACUCUCGCCGCGUUCCCCUUUGCCAACGCCGCUCCAGCGCCGGAAGGCGUCGUCCGCAUUCCUUUGUCGCGGCGGUCAUCGAAACUCGCGCGGCGCGGGAAUCCUUUGGAUCAUUUUGCUGCGGCGGCCGACCAUGUCAGAGCAAGGUAUGGCUACACGAACACGGCCUCGACAAGAAGGAAGAGAGCGAAUACCGCAGAGGAGCCGAUCAUUGAUCAGGGCCAAGAUCAAAGCUACUUAGGGAGCAUCAGUAUAGGCACCCCAGCCCAACAAUUCAAUGUAAUCCUCGACACAGGAUCAGCCGACCUAUGGGUUGCGAGCACUUCCUGUCAAACAUGCUCAUCCGAUACCCCUGAAUUCUCCACCUCGAGAUCCUCUUCCUUCAAAGCAUCCACCAACUCUGCCGGACAAGCGCAAUCGCUUACUAUCAAAUAUGGAUCGGGCGAGGUCGCGGGCACGCUCGGUACAGACACCGUCUCUAUGGCGGGAUUCCAAAUCAGCAAUCAGGGCUUCGUCGUGGUUGACCAGACGAGCCAGAGUCUGCUGAGCGGCACGAAUGCGGGUAUCAUGGGCUUGGGGUUCACACCGAUCGCCAGCAGUGGGGCGACGCCGUUCUGGGAGGCCUUGGUGAACGCCAACCAACUGACUCAGCCGGUCAUGUCUUUCUGGCUUAGACGGCUUUUGGACGACUCUCAGGCUACCCAAACGUCAGAGUUAUACGGAGGAGAGUUCACACUGGGCGGCACGAACACUUCGCUGUAUACGGGAGAGGUCCAGUUUAUCGAUUUCCCCAGUAAUGUUGAACCCAGCUUCUGGUUGCUUAGUGUGGCGGGGGUGACUGUUCAGGGCAAGUCGGUAAGCAUACCUUCAGGGAAUAGCGCGCUUGCUGCCAUCGACACUGGCACGACCUUGAUCGGUGGCCCGAGUGAUGCUGUGGACUCGAUCUGGAAUGCGGUGCCCGGUAGUCAGGCGUUGUCUGGGGAUUAUUCCGGGUUUUACGCUUUUCCAUGCUCCACGAACGUGCAGAUCAGUAUGUCGUUUGGUGGUAACUCGUGGCCGAUCUCCCCUGCGGAUAUGAAUCUCGGCGCAAUCAGCAAUAACAUGUGCCUGGGCGGGAUUUUCGACUUGACGCAGGGAGCUAACGUCGGGAGCGGGAAUCCCAGCUGGGUCGUUGGUGACACUUUCCUGAAAAAUGUCUACUCGGUUUUCAGAGCCAACCCGCCGAGUAUAGGCUUUGCCGAGUUGAGCAGCGCAGCGGGUGGCAGUUCAGGCUCACCGUCGUCUCCGCCAUCUUCUGUGGCCAUCUCCCUAUCUGGAACGGGGACCGCCACGGGUAUUCCUACUGGGACGGGGUCUUCAGGGAGCAACGGUGCCGGAGGGUUGAGAGUCGGCUCCAUUGGAGUUGUUCUCGCCCUACUAGGUGCUGUCGCGGGUGGCAUGUUCGUGUUAUAGGCCCGGACACCAUGGACUGGGGUUGGUUUGUCUAUACGAUUCUUGGUAUGGACUAGGACUCCGUUGGGUGCGGUGCGUCUUGGCUGUGUGUAUAUUAUUUUGCUUUUGCUGUGUGGCAUGUUGGGUGAGCACACUACCUUCGUUUAAGUCUGUUGUUCUGCUGUAUCUCCGUCCUCGCGGGUAGUGCGAUUUGGAGUACUCUUGUUGUAGAUCCAUACGAAUAUCAUCCGUGUAAUUGCUUCGUGGACGGCGGUGCUUGGCCCUCGAAGAUGAUAUGCGAUUUGGCCAUGACUCACGGUAUAUUAC